AUGCCGUCAGACGAGGACAUUUGCGCCCAGGCGAGGCACAUCCUGUCGGAGGCUAACCUCGACGAAAUGACCGCGAAGCAGUUGAGAAACAAGCUCUCGGAGCACUUCGGCGUGGACCUGAAGCCCAAGAAGAAGAUCAUCAGCGCCGAAAUCGACCGGUUCGUCGCCGAACAGGCAGGCAACGACGACGACCAGGACGAGGCCGCGGAGCCGCCCGCGAAGAAGCGGCGCGGGUGGGGCGGGGGCAAGGACACGCGCUUUGGGUCGCUGCUGUCGCCGGAGAUGCAGGAGUUCCUGGGCGUGGAGCGGAUGGACAAGCGGACGGUGACGAAGAAGAUCUGGGAGUACAUCAAGGAGAAGGACCUGCAGUACCCGAAGGACCGCCGGAAAGUCGUGUUGGACGACAAACUGAAGACUAUCUUCAAAGGGACCCCCGCGGGCAUGAUCUCCAUGCUCAAGAUGCCGGCGCAGAUAUCGCGGCACGUGAAGAUCGAGGACUUUGUUGCGGACUGA